AUGAUGCAAGGGUGUGCGCCGGGGCUCGCCUCGCCUCGCCAGGUCUACAGAGCUCUCGACAGCAUUCCCACACGCAAUGCGCGCGCCCCGGAUAGAAGGUCGUCGGGGAGGGUGGGACGCUCGACACUGGUGGAUGGUCCUGAUGGUCUGACCUCGCAUGGGAGUGACAAAUCGUGCUCGCCAACGCCUUCGGAGAUCGACGCUCUGGAAGAGUCGUUCUGCGACUUUGGACUCGAGCCCAGUCAAGUCGAAGGGGACUCCUCUCAGGGCAGCUACAGCGAUUUGCAGACCACCACAACCGUGACGUCGCUGUCCUCCAAGACCACCUCUACCCUUUCUGGGCACCUCGACUUGUUGCAACCUCUGUCAGGUCUGACGUGUGAUUCGGGGGGCAAUGCAGUCAUGCCCCUGGGUGAUCGUCUCCGCCUGGUCUGGCCUAAGAUUCCUCGGAUGAUGUUCAGCGCACCAGCCGUUGUGACCUGGGAGGUGACUCGGGUCGCUCUGCACUGUGAUGUUGAUGUGGCCUCGCUCGACUUACAAUACGACGAACGUAUGCUGGACUUGGAUACUAUGUGGAAUACGCUCAGGAGCCACCCCUCUUUCAAAGGGAAGAGCUUCCCGCCAAAAUCAGAUCCCCUUGCCUGGCGCGACGGGCUGUACAACAACUUCGAGUCCGAGGGCGAUGCCCUCGUGAUGCUGACCGCGACGAUGCACGCCUCAAAGUCAAAAUAUGGGCCUGCGAUGCAGUUGGAGCUGCACCCACUCAAACGCGAGCAGGGCUCCCGGCUGCUUCGUCGGUUCGGUUCUGACCGAUUUCUUGAGGUCCGGAUCCCGUGCGUUGAGACGUGGCUGGCCGGCGAGGAAGGGUCAGAGGCUCUUGUUGCUCGCUGGCUUGCCAACGAGUCUCACCCCUUUAUGGACCGCCGUUGGUCAGCGUUCUUUGUCCGAGAAAGGAGCGAGAAGUCUGAAAUCAAGGACUUUGUGUAUGGGCAAGAAGAAUCGAGAGUCAUUUUCAACGAAAAGGUGUUGUUCUUUGCGGAGAGUGGACGACACUUGCCGAGUGCUAGAACAACAAUAUCCGCCCUAUCAAAGAGUAUAGGCCCGCCAGCUCGGACGGCUUGCUCACGGACUGACAUGCUGAAAUGGCUCCUGAACUUCAACGAGAACCACGACAGGUCAUAUCUCAAGCUUUUCUCUCGCAUUGCGCUUGGUUUGAGCAGGACAAAUCCCACAAUUCCAUUGCGAGAAGGCCAGAUACGUGAGAGAUCAGAAGACAUCCUGUCCCCAGAUGGCGAAGUCAUGAAUGACGGUGCCGGGAUAAUCUCACCGAGUCUGAUGAGGAAGGUACGAGAUGUUCUUGGCCUGCAGUCCAUACCGUCUGCGAUUCAAGGUCGUUUGGGCAGCGCAAAGGGAAUGUGGCUGAUCGAUGCCACUGACCCGGGUCAUGAGGACUGGAUCGAGACGUUUCCGUCACAAAGAAAAUGGAACUGCGACCUGUCCAAAGAGGCUCACAGGAUUCUUGAGAUACGUUCCUAUUCCAUGAAUCUGGUCCCUGCCAGCCUGAACAAGCAAUUCCUUCCAAUAUUGGAAGAUAGAACUGCGGAUGUUGGUGCGCUGCGCCAAGUGUUCGUCAAAAAUCUGACCACGAGAUCAGAGGAGGAGGUCAAGUCGUUGAAAGAAGCUCUCCAACAUCCUGAGCUCUUCAGAAAAUGGGUUCGGGGACUCAGUCCGCGAGAGUCAUUCCGCAUUACGCCACAGGGGAUGCCCUUCCUGGCUGGCCUUCCCGAGAGCAUUGAAGAUAUUAUGAGCUUUCUUGUUGAUGGAGGGUUUGAGCCGAUGCAACUCAAGUUCCUCCAGGACCUCGUCUUUCAAACACAAAAGCACAGAGGCGAUUCGAUGAAAGACGAGCUGCACAUCAAGAUCCCCAAGUCGACCUAUGCCUACAUGCUUGUCGAUUUCAAGGGGAUUCUGCAGCCCAACGAGGUUCACCUGUGCUUUUCUUCGAAUUUCGAUGACGGCACAACCGAACUGUCGGACCUUGACGGCAUGGACGUCCUCGUCGGCCGAUGUCCGGCCCAUCUCCCUAGCGACAUCCAGAAGGUCAGAGCGACCUUUAAGCCGGAACUGCGACACAUCCGUGACGUGAUCGUCUUCUCCUCCAAAGGCGACAUACCUCUGGCCGCGAAGCUUUCGGGUGGGGACUAUGACGGCGACCAGGCCUGGAUUUGCUGGCUUCCUGAGCUCGUUGCAAAUUUCAAGAACGCGAACGUACCUCCGAAGCCAGAGUUCUCGCCGUAUAUAAACAAGGACAGAGACACGCUUGGUGACUUGCGCAAACUCUAUGGAGAAGAGCACUACAUCGACGCCAUGGUAACGAGGGCAAUCCGCUUCAGCCUCAAGCCGAAGUUCCUCGGCCCUUGUACUUCCUUCAAAGAAAAGCUGUCCUAUCACCUGAACAGCCUGAGCGAUGAGCGCGUCAUCAAGCUAAGCUGGCUUCUCAGUGAGCUUGCCGAUCAGCCGAAGCAGGGAAUACUCUUCGGACGUGAUGAAUGGAUACGUUUUCUGGACGAUGUCGUAGGGACACGGCGACACUUGUCAACACCGCUGUACAAAGACAGCAACGGCUCCAGGUCCAUAGGUCCUGGUGCGAAGCACAUCAUUGACUUUCUUUCCUACACAGCUCAACGUGUCACCAAUGCCGUGCUGAAAGAUCUGCAUAAGUUUCUAUUGGAGAGCCAAGCCAGCACCACCGAUGUGGACAUCGUAGGCUACUGGAACCAUUUUGCAAGGGUAUACCAGCAGCAACAGCCCGAGUGCUUUUCCGCCCUGUACCAGAACUUGAGGUCUGACCUGCAAGAAUGUCGGGAGGAGUGGAGCAGGUUGGUGACCCCAAGCAACUACCGCGCGGCCGUCGGGCAAGUGUACAAAGUAUGGAGCGAUAUCAAGCCGCGGAUCCCACAACACGUAGCCGGGGGCUCGGACGCGGCCUGCUUCCUGCUGCAGGACGGCCUGGUCCACCCGGAGCUCAGCCAGUGGGAGCUAAUCAAGGCGAGCCUCGCCUUCAAGCUCUACUCGCGCCAGAGCCGCUUCGUGUGGCGGAUGGCGGGCCGGCAGCUGCAGGCCAUCAAGGCCCUGUCCACCAGCUCCAGAGGGCCAGGGGCUGUGCCGGUUGUGGUGGUGCCGAAUAUGUAUGCGGCGCUGAAGCCUGACAACACAUAUAUCAAGCGGCUUAUGGCAUCCGAGGAGGAGGAGGGUAUGUGCGGCACCGAUGAACCGCUCCCGGUCCGGAGACGGAUUAGUUGA